AUGGGGGAGCUGUGCCCGGCCAUGGCCGGGCCAGCCUUGGUUGAAUUCACUGACGCCCUUGGAGCCAGCGCCCCGCUCUUCGUGCAGUGUGCUUGGGAGGCCAACACGUUCGGGAGCGCCGAGUCGGAAACCGCCGAGGCCGAGAAGGAGAUCUGCCGGUUGGUGAUCUUCGACGGCUCACACUGCUGGCGUGGCCCGCUGUGCCGCCGGCAUCUCGCCGGGCCGCUUGGGGAGAGUUGGCGGGACCCAGUGAACUUGCGACUCCUUCGAUCAGCAUUGACAUCUCCGCAGGCUUCAGGCACCUCCACUUCGAGUGUUCUGGGCCCUCGCGCAGAGGCUUCCUGGAAACUGGUCGAGGCUCCUCCCGGCGCGGCCUCCGCGGAGCCCGAGCCCCUGGAGCUGGAGCUGACGGUCCGCUUCGUUUACAAGGAAGGCCCCGUUGCGGCCGUGCAGGCCGCCCGCUUCCACACUGUGCCGCUGCUAGCGGCCUUGGGUGGCCUCUGCAGGGGCGUCAGAGAUCUACAGGCAGAGGCCCGGGAACAACAGCGUCUUGCCAAAAGCCGGCAGUCCGCUCUGCAAGAGAAGCAGGAGACUUUGAAGCGCCAGCUCGAGGCGUUGCCCAAGGAAGCCGAGGCCCAGGAGAAGCACCUUCUGGAAGGUCUUUGCAGCGUGCUAAACGCACAGAAGCGGCGAUGCCUUGGACUGUUUGAUGUCUUGGCUGACGGUGGUGCUGGACGCGAGCCAGCACAUGGACCGACGAUGUCACUGGAGCACUGCUUGGACCGUGAGGUGGACGUGCCUGCGCCAUCACUGACGCGGCUGCCACAGCCGACCGCGUCAGCCCUGUCCAUGCCUUCCGCCGCUCCAUCCUUGGACUUGGAAAGCCCGAUGGCCUCCCUAGCCUUCGGUGACAGCUUGCGUGGCGCCCCCGAAACUACCUUCAGCAUUCCCUUGACAUUGGGCAUGAGUGCCAUUGGCUUUCCAGUCAGGGGCGGUCCCCUUGUAGACUUCGUCUGCAUGAAUGAGCGUGGAAAUGAGCUCAUGCAGCCGGGGGUAACGAUGGAUGUGAGCCAAUUGCAGGCUCUCGACGUGCUCGGCCGUGAGAUUGCCCAGCAUGUGAUGGUUGAAGGGAUGGAGGCCGUUCCUGGAGUAUCUUUCCCACAACAUGGGCCUCUGUGGGGAAGUGAAGAUCCCGGCACUUCAGUAUGGAGUGGUGUCGCUCAGCUAUCGGGGCUUCGCUUCUUUUCAAUUCUCCUGGUCUGGUGCCAUAACGAGAUGAAAGACAAAUUUGGGGAAGUCGUGCGGAGCCCCAAGAGUGUGAAACUCGUUCUCGGCGGCGCCGUAAAUUUGAACAUUCCUUGGCUGGGUCAUUUUCGGUUCAUUGCAGAUGGCAGCCUGAGCAUCGACAGCCCCAACGUGCCUGGCUUCGUCGACCUGAUCGCUACCGGCUACCGGCUUCGGCGCAAUUUUGAUGAAAAGUUUGAGCAAUCUUGGCAGCCUGACACUCCUCAGGGGGAGACGGAGAAGAAGGAGUUGGAGAUGGCUUUGCAGGCGACCUACGGGGAGAGCCAGUUCCUUUCGAAGGAGUACCUGUGGGCAGAAUUCGCGCUGGAGAACUCGGAGCUCAUCUACCUACAGAUGUGGUCCUGCAACAUGUUGCUGACGUGGGAGAGGCUAAAGAUGGACGAGCAGGGCAAUUUGAGAGACAGCUUGGGGAGGAUUAUCAUAAGAUAUCCGAGCGGCGAGUUUCACCCAAGCGAGGAAUUUGUCUCUGACGGGACGUUCAAGAUUCCGCCGCACGUCUACGCGGUGGUGCCGCGGAUUUUUGAUAGGCUUCUCGGAGCCUUAGCAGAUGGAAAGGCAGCAGAGGUGCUCAAGUACAUCGAUAGUUUCAUCGAGGAGCGUGUUCGGCAGGAAGCUGGUACGUGGCUGAAAAUUUUCUGGAAUGACUUGGGCAAAUCCUCAACAGAUGGCCGCCCACCCGUGCCAACGAACGAAGAGAUUGACGAGCAAUACCAGGCAACGACUUGGGCAGAGGUGGAGGAUGCCUGUAAGCAAACGAUGGGAGACGAAGGGAUGCCGGCCAGUGCCUAUGUGUCAGAGUUUCGCAGAGGCAAAGGCCACACGAGUCGUGAGGAAGUCAGCGCAACGGACAGGGCACAGCUUCUUGCGCUUGAAACAGCUACCAUCAAGUGCGCCACUGCCACCGUUGUCAGCCCGCUUCUGAGGCUGAACAUUGGAGGUACCAUGCGGGCUCUGUUGGAUGAAGUCCGGGCAAGUAAGGAGAAUCACCGGCUCAGUGGCGUGAAAGUCAAUACCAAGUGGACAGGGACGGUGGUCAAUAGCAACGACGCAACCACAAGCUCCUCCUUCAGCUUCAAAGGGUUACAUCACCAUGCCGACGGAGACAAGUUGAGCUCCGCGGCCGUUGGCCUGAGCUUUGAAGCUUUGGCCCAAGAUUUGGAGGUACAUGUCCGCAACUUCCAGCGAGCCUUUCACUUCGAGGAGAACACGCAGUGCUUGGCCAAGGAGCAGGCGAGCACCAACGAUACCGUCGAUCAGCCCAUGAAGGAGCGAGGCGCAGGAGUCUUUCUUGAGAAAGGCUGUGGAGAGAGUCCAAGCAUUCUUCACGGAGAUUACCAGCAUGACCACGGACCACAGAUUCCUAUAAGCAUGGCGAGAAAGCUGGGCCCCAAGACCAUAGCCUUAGGAAUUGACACAGCCCAUGUCUACGGCACAGACAAGAUCCCGGCUUGGCUCCAAGAAUGGUCGGUUGUGGGAGCCCACGCCAACUUCACAAGUGGAGUCUCCAUCGAUCUCACGGGGACCAACCAAAACGUGCUUUUCGAGCCUCCCAAAGUGCGUUUUCAAUGGUUCCAAUGCCCAGGUAGCCAGCCGAAGUCGGAUGCCGCCAGUAAACGAGGAGGCGGCCGGGGCGCUGAGGAGAAUUCCCCACGGCCCAAGCCCCGUGGCGGCGGCGAAGGUGAGACUCCAACAGAGCAGAAGGAGUUUCCACUGCAGCAGGAGAAGGUCUUCGACCGGCUCUAUGCGAGACACGAGGAUCGCAAAAUCCGGCUGGCCGAAGCGCGCCAGAAGGAGAAGGAGCUGCCGAGCCGCGGAAAUGCAGAGCAUUUACAUGGCGCUUUGUCGGAAGUUGUCGGUCCCUGCGGCAACCUGGAUCUGCAAGCCUCCAAGCGGCUUCACGAAGGGGUCGCCAAGAAGAGGCAAGCACGAGAGGACCUUCAGCAAAAGUACGAAGAGGAGUUUCGUCUUCUGCACCCUUUCCGCCCCGAGCUGCACGCGGCGGAGAAGCCAUGGCAGAACCGCGAGGAGUGGCUGCAGGACCAGGAGCAGUGGAAGCGGAAGCGGAACGAGAGGAGGGCCGGGAAGCUGCAGGAGAAGCUCGACGAGGAGGCCCAGUAUUUGUCCUCGAACAACCUGCACCGCGGGGCUCAGGCCGACCCAGAUGCCGUGGGCAAGCGACUUUUUCUUGCCGCCAAGAAGCGCGAGGCGCGGUGUGCUUCGAUGUGCUUCCUUGCUUGCUUUUGUUUGGGGUUUGUGGUCUGGUCUGGUGAUUGCGCCGCCACGGCAGGUUCAGCUGCAAAAGCUGCGGGCGAAGCAUUUGGCCAGACGCCCGGACUGCGACGUGACAGCGAUAGUGUGACAGCUCCCAAGCUCAAGUCCCAGGCCGAGGAAGACGAAGCUGUCGUGCAGCUCGGGCGCAACUUUUCAUCUGACUGCCCCUGCCCUCGGCCAGCGGUUGCAGGGAACUCUCUCCACCGAAAGCUCGACAACUCCGCAGCAUCCUGGCUGGAAGUCGGCCGUGUGGUUGACCGCCUCUACGGUCAGGACAGGCAGGAACGAGAGCAGCGGCAGGAGCAGCGCAGGAUGAAGAAGCGCCUGGCGGAACGAGCCGAGACUUCUCUGCUCGAGGCGAUGUCGGUGCACAGCCCCGUGGAUCUCCCCUGUGAUGCCCUCUUCCAGGACAUCCGGGACAAGACCAGCCUCAAGCUGGAGCAGGAGCUGCGGGACUUGCGCACCGCCCUGAUGGACCUGCGCAGUCGGGCCCUGAAUGCAGACCCUGCAGCGCUCCGCCGCUUCGCUGCGAACCAGGCCAGCGGAAAGGCCGAGAAGCCACCGCAAGCGAAGGCGCCAGGAGCAGUUAUCGUUGUCAUCUUCAUGAUUCUGACAGUUGCUGGCGUCGCCGUUAUGGCUGCUGAUCCAUUGCACCUCGUGGUAUCAGCCAGGCGCGGGGCGGAAACGCCGGAAACGCCGGUAAUCCUUUUGGGGAUUUUGGGGCUUCUUUGCUGUCUCUUUGAGGCCAGGCAGGACGGCAAGAGCUGGCGCUUCUUUUCAAUCCUUGAGGCGGGGGGCGUAUUCGAUGCCCGGGCGGCCCGGGCCAGGUUGGAGGCAGCACCGCGGCCGGCCGCCAAGACUUCCCGGCCCAAGACGGAAGCUCCCAGGCUCGGAGCUCGGGUCAGAAGGGCGCAGAACGCAGAAAGCGUGAAUCGCAGGCGCCAGAUGGAGCGGAAGCCGCCCGCCAGAAACUUGCCGAACCAAGAAGCCAAAAAGUCGGGUAAAGCUCUCACCGAGCUCGACCCGGAGCAGGAACUGGCAGCCACCAAGAUUCAGAGUCGCGUCCGUGGCAAGCAUGCCAGGCGUGAGGUGGAAGGCAAACGGCAAGCAUCACGGGCAGCAAGAGCCAGACAAGAUUCAGAGGAUGUGGAGGAGAUGGAUCCAAGCCCGAGUAGUGGCGGCUUUGACCGGGAGCAGGAACUGGCGGCUACCAAGAUUCAGAGUCGCAUCCGUGGCAAGCAUGCCAGGCGUGAGGUGGAGGGCAAACGCCAAGCAGCACGAGCGGCAAGAGCCAGACAAGAUUCAGAGGAUGUGGAGGAGAUGGAUCCAAGCCCGAGUGGUGGCGGCUUUGACCGGGAGCAGGAACUGGCGGCUACCAAGAUUCAGAGUCGCAUCCGUGGCAAGCAUGCCAGGCGUGAGGUGGAGGGCAAACGGCAAGCAGCACGGGCAGCAAGAGCCAGACAAGAUUCAGAGGAUGUGGAGGAGAUGGAUCCAAGCCCAAGUAGCGGUGGAUUUGAUCGGGACCAGGAACUGGCAGCUACCAAGAUUCAGAGUCGCAUCCGUGGCAAGCAUGCCAGGCGUGAGGUGGAGGGCAAACGGCAAGCAGCACGAGCGGCAAGAGCCAGACAAGAUUCAGAGGAUGUGGAGGAGAUGGAUCCAAGCCCGAGUAGUGGCGGCUUUGACCGGGAGCAGGAGCUGGCGGCUACCAAGAUUCAGAGUCGCAUCCGUGGCAAGCAAGCGAGGCGUGAAGUGGAGAAGAAGAGGCAAGCCGAGCCAGAAGCGCUUGCAGAGGAUGGGGAGGCUUCCGAUCAGGGCCCCGGCGGCGGGCCAUCGCAUGAGCAAGAGCUGGCAGCCACGAAGAUUCAGAGCCGAGUGCGCGGCAAGCAAGCAAGGCGCGAGGUGCAGUUGAGGAAGCAGAAAACCUGGGUUCCGCUGGAUGAGACUCCGACUGGUGUCUCUCGCGGUGUAGACCGCGAACAAGAGCUGGCAGCGAUGAAGAUCCAGAGUCGAGUGCGCGGCAAACAAGCAAGGCGUGAGGUCGAGAAAAGGAGAGAGGCGCGGAGAACCGCUGAGUCGGACGAGGAAGAGGAUGAGGAGGAAGGUGGUUCGGCGAGUGAACGCGCUCCCGAGUCUGAAGGGGAGGCCUGA